AACAUCAGCAUGUCGGUGGAAGGGGACUACACCUACCUCCGCAUCAACUUCUACUGCCCGGGCAGCGCCUUGGGACGCAACGAGGGCAACAUCUUCCCCAACCCCGAGGCCACCUUCGUCAAGGAGAUCACCUAUCGCGCCUCCAACAUGAAGACCCCGGGCGAGCAGACGGUGCCGGCCCUCAACCUUCAAAACGCUUUUCGCAUCAUCAAGGAGGUCCAGAAACGCUACAAGACCCGAGAAGCCGAGGAGAAGGAGAAGGAGGGUAUCGUCAAACAAGACUCGUUGGUCAUCAACCUCAACCGGAGCAAUCCCAAGUUGAAGGACCUCUACAUCCGUCCCAACAUCGCCCAGAAGAGGAUGCAAGGUUCUUUAGAAGCUCACGUCAACGGUUUCCGCUUCACCUCGGUACGCGGAGACAAGGUGGACAUCCUCUACAACAACAUCAAACACGCCGUCUUCCAACCUUGCGACGGGGAGAUGAUCAUCGUCCUCCAUUUCCACCUCAAGAACGCCAUCAUGUUUGGGAAGAAACGUCACACGGACGUCCAGUUCUACACGGAGGUCGGCGAGAUCACCACCGACCUGGGCAAACACCAACACAUGCACGACCGCGAUGACCUCUACGCCGAGCAGAUGGAACGGGAGAUGCGCCACAAGCUGAAGACGGCCUUCAAGAACUUCAUCGAGAAGGUGGAAGCUCUCACCAAGGAGGAGCUGGAGUUCGAGGUGCCCUUCCGGGAGUUGGG